AACGAGAUCGCCACUUCCUCAAAAUGUAAACAGAAAUAGCUGCACAGUGGCUCCUUUAGUAUAACAAGGCAUGUGAGCAGAAAUUCAGUCUGUACGUGCUGUGAUGGGUUUUGCUCCGUGGCUGAAAAAAUGGAGACUAAAGGGACCGACGAGGUGGAGAUACUGAAGUCCAAAUUCAUGUCAGCAUGGCACAGUGUGAAGUACAGUUGGGCUUUAAAGUCAAAAACUGCCUUCAGUCGUAAUUCUCCUGUAUUCUUGUUGGGAAAAUGCUACCACUUCAAGGUUGUGGAUGAUGAAAGCCCUACUGAGAGCACUGCUGAGGCAUUAGAUGACGAUGUUGUCACAGGCAAUGUUGAUGAAUUUCGAAAAGAUUUCACCUCACGAGUUUGGCUGACCUAUCGAGAAGAGUUUCCUGCUCUUCCGGGCUCCAGCUUCACUUCAGACUGUGGGUGGGGUUGUACACUCCGAGCGGGGCAGAUGAUAUUGGCACAGGCACUCUUGCUUCACAUCUUGGGUAGAGACUGGAAGUGGUCAGAAGCACUGACUUUGGAGCCCUUGGAUACAGAAACGUGGACCAGCAGUGCCGCUCGGAGACUCGUGGCCACAUUAGAGGCUUCCAUUCAGGGGGAACGAGCACAGGCCACUCAGCCUCUCUGUCCUGCUCAAGGAAGAGCUGAGGAGGCCGACUCAUAUCUGAAAGAGACAUAUCAUCGUACUAUUGUAUCCUGGUUUGGGGAUGGACCCUCAGCACAGCUGGGAAUCCACAGACUAGUGCAGCUAGGAAUGACCUCUGGAAAACAGGCAGGAGAUUGGUACGGCCCAGCAGUGGUAGCACACAUACUGAGAAAAGCUGUUGAUGAGGCAGUUGAUGCAAUGCUGAAAGGCAUAAGUGUUUAUGUAGCACAGGACUGCACAGUGUACAGUGCUGAUGUUAUUGAUAGCCAUUCAGCACGGACAGAAAGCCACGGUGAUCCUCAGGGACUCGAUUCUGGAGCUUCACCUGAUAGUAGAGCUGUUGUUAUCCUCAUUCCUGUGAGACUGGGUGGAGAGAAGAUCAACCCAGAAUACUUAAAUUUUGUCAAGAGUAUUUUAAGCUUAGAGUACUGUAUUGGCAUCAUUGGAGGAAAACCAAAACAGGCUUACUAUUUUGUUGGAUUUCAAGAUGACAGCUUGAUUUACAUGGAUCCUCAUUACUGUCAGUCUUUUGUGGAUGUCAGCACAAGCGAUUUCCCUCUGCAGUCGUUUCAUUGCCCAUCACCAAAGAAAAUGUCUUUCAGUAAAAUGGACCCGAGCUGUACGAUCGGAUUCUACUCAAAAAGUGUUGAACACUUUGAAAAAAUUGCCAAUGAACUGUCAAAGAUUCUGCAGCCCUCAUCAAAAGAGAAGUACCCUGCAUUCACCAUCAUGAAAGGCCACGGGAAGGAUUAUGAACUUUCGAUUGCUGUAGAAAAGCGAGAAUGGCCUUUUAUCAGCGACGCAAGGAAAGCAGGCGCAACAUCGGGAGACUUUGUGCUGCUUUAAUGCUAUAAACUGGUAACCAAAAAAGCAAGUGAUACACCACAAAUCAGAACUGCAUGGGUCUAAACUAUAAGACC